CUUCUCGCUGCUUCGCUCGCACCUGCCCGUGCUCUGACAUAAGCGUGUGGAAAGCUGACUCGCUCAGACCGGCAAUGUUGACUCUUGACUGAACGUCAGCAAAUCGAUCGUCUCGGGUGCUUGAUCCAGACGUUUGCCCAUCCGCCACGUCCCUUCGUGUGGAUCAUGGGCGGCGAUACGGUGGCGGUGGGGGCAGGAGAAGCGCAAGAUGAAGUUGUGAACGUCGAGCAGCAGCAGCAGCAGCAGCAGCAGCAGCAAGUCGAAGUGGCAGGCGGAGCGAGGCAAUGCCGAGCCCUUUUGCACUGGUUCCAAUCCCAAAGCGGGGCGCAACUCCAUCCUGCCGUGGAGGCAGCGUCAUGCGUAGCAGCAUCACACGGCAACGGUCUCUUUGCCAAGCACGACAUCAUCUCCAAAAACGCAUCCAUCUUGCGCGUACCCGUCGCUUUGUGCAUUCAUCCCAAUGCUGCCCUCGAUGGCAUCGCAAAGCUGCUGAGCGUCAAUGUGGAACAGGUCAAACGGGCCUUCCUCAAGCAUCAGCUGGCUGCUCGAGACGCCAUCGUGCUCUACGUAGCGCUGGCCGAUCAUUUGUGCAAGCUCAAUCAGUCUCUCGAUGAGUCGCCCAGUCAAUCAACUUCCAGUAACAACUCUUGCCUUGUCAGCCCUACUUCCGACGCCGACGAGCACACUUCCAGACCCGCGCACAAGAGGAUCGAGAGGGGAAAAUGGCCUUCGAGCGAUCACGAUCCUUACAUCCGUGCACUUCCCUCACACUUCCUCCUGCCGACGUUCUACACUCCUACCGAGCUGCACCUCUUCCACCACAGUCCCAUCGAAUCCCACGCGCUUCGGUGUUUGGAAAAGUAUUCCACUUUGGCCGCGCGAGCAUCAGCAGCUCUGCACGACCUCGACUUCGAAUGGAGCGUCGGCAGCGAUUUUGAGGAGUCGGGCUGCCUGCUCAAUCGAUGGAGAUGGUCAGAUGCUUGUUACACCAGUCGAGCUUUCCCUCCCAGACUCUUGAGCUUCCCCGACAAGUUUGGGCAAGACGAAGAUGACGACGAUGCUCCCGUGCUCAUUCCCGUCUUGGAUCUCCUCAAUCAUCAGCCCAAAGUACCAGUGACGUGGAUUGCGGGUAGGCAAAGCGUCGCGCAAGACGGCGAUGCUCCUCUUCAUUCGUCUUUGUCUGACGAAGCACACCCACAGCGUUCUCCAGUUGCUGGAAAUGGUACGCGCUCCGCACACGCUGAGCUUGCUGAACACUCUCACGACGGCCAAGGGUGGGCCUUUAGAUGGCCGCCGGACGACGCCUACGUCGAGCUGGUCCUUCACGCAACCGUCGAAGCGGGCUCGGAAAUCUUCAACAAUUACGGUUACAAGAGCAGCGAAGAAUUUUUGGCAUCGUACGGUUUCGUGAGCGAGUAUCAUGCGGUCUCGCUCCGGCUAGUCGCAGCAGACACAGAAGCUCUGUCUAGCAUUGGUGGCGGCGAAGGCAGCGCUCGACCCGCGCUAUCAGGCAAGACGCACUACUGGGAUGGUCAAGCAGCUCCCGAAUCCUUGCUGGCAGAGGUGCAAACGCAAUGUUCGUACGAACUCGCUCGAGCGCAUGCUCAGACCUCUCUGCAAGGUAUGUUGCAGCGCCUCCAAGCUCAGCUCGGCAUCGCAGCAGCAGAGGAGGAAGCGCACAGCAUCCUCGUCCGUGGACACGCUCUGCACUUCGUCAAGACGCUCUUGGAGCAUAGGUGCGAGAGGUUGCUAAAGCAGUGCAAGCGAAUUUCGCGCGCGACUGGACUCACCAUGUCGAGAGCGCAUCAAGCUCAGAACGACUCGAGCGAGCUGACAGCUUUCAGCGCUUCGCCAGAAUUGAGGCUGCCGGUCGCGUUGUUGGCUCGAGACUACACGAUGGGCCAAGUUGAUUGCUUCUUGCGGUGCUUGGACUGGGUCGAAAAGGAAUUGUCUUCGCUCGCACACGCCGACAUCAUCCAAGAGUACCUUGACGCCCUCGAACCUGGUUCAGAUGGUUCGACAUAGCGUCCGGAAUUUGAGCGAGACAGGCACUGCAAGCAAGGCGACCACGCGGAUCAGAUCGAGAUCCAUGGAAGCGGAAACGCGAUUUCAAUGGGCAUAGAAUCAAAUCAUGGAGCGAGUGAUGUUACAAAGGAGCCUUCGAACUGAAUCGAAUCCCAAAAGUCAAGACGGAAAAGUCUGCAGGC